UUAAUUAAAAAUUCUCUAAUAUUUCCACUAUUUCCCUUUCCGCCGUCGUCGCCCUCGCACCGUCUGCACAAACAAAGAUCUCCGGCUUUGUCCUUUUCUUCCGUCCAUCGCCGGCGUCGCCUCCACCACCGAAAUCAUCAACUACAAGAUACCGCCGUUCGUCCUCUUCCUCCAUGCCCGUCACGUUUUCCUUCACCGUUAACUGGACCGCCUAACCACCAUCUAUCCAGGGCUUUCUCAACCAGAACCCUAACUUUGCCUCUGUGAAGUCACGACUCACUUUCUUAGUCAAAACUGAAGCGGACGCAGUUUGGAUUCAACUACUUGAAUUCAUAUCGACACUUGGCUGCUUCCUAUUGAUCCACGCCAUAGAUUUAGUUGAGUAUAUUUCUGAAUAGAUUACUCCCGGAGACCAGGGAGCGUUGCCCUACUGUUCUGUCCUAUAGAAGUGUUUUUUCGCGGUUUAGGUUGGCUGUGAAGGAGGAGAGACAGAUGGCGUCUGCUAUAUGUCCCGGUGGUCAAGCUCAAUUGGACUUCAGCUGUGAUUUGGAAGUGGAUUUGGAGUCCAAAGAGAAUGCUUCCAUGAUCUAUGCAGCAUUGGCUGUUGACGAGGAGUUGCAGCCAGAUAAAGUGAGAAGGCAAAUGUCCGUAUCUGAUAGCAAGCUCUCAGUUCGCUUUGAAGCAGUGGAGGCAAGGUUUCUUCGGGCAUCAUUUUCUGCUUUUAUAGAUGUACUUACCCUGGCUACAAAAACAAUAGAAGAAUUUGGGCCGGGGAUGAAAUUGUGAAUUUUCUAUUGUGUUAGCGUUUGCUACUCUUCAAUCUAUUGAAUUGUAAUUGAAUUAGACCUCUUGAUGUCUGGUGAAGACCUUUUCAAUUUGAUUUUGUAGCUUGAAAAUCUUUUGGUCA